AUGGCCGAGAAGCCUCAAAAUGAAACCACAGCACCAGCUCCCGUGCCUGAGGAACUGCCUCCCGAAGGAGGUAUACGCGGCUGGCUAUGCGUCCUAGGCUCUUUCUUCUGCAUGUUCUGCAGCUUCGGCUUUCUUAACUCCAUGGGCGUCUUCCAAAAGACCUACGAAGAAACAAUCCUCCACGAAUACUCCCCCUCUAGCAUAUCCUGGAUAUUUGCCGUCCAACUAGCUCUCGUGCUCGCACUAGGUCCCCUAUACGGCCGCAUAUUCGACACAUACGGCCCUGCCCCCGUACUAUACCCAUGCAGCGUGAUUUGCGUAUUUUCACUCUGCAUGACCAGUCUAGCGCACGAGUACUACCAGAUCUUCCUAGCUCAGGGCCUUCUUUUUGGUAUUGGAGUCGGCGGUCUGUUUUCUGCGGGUAUACUCUGCGUUGGACAGUGGUUUGUGCGUCGACGAGGACUGGCCACCGGUAUUGCUAGUACCGGGAGCAGUGUCGGCGGGGUGAUUUGUCCCAUUUUCAUGGAUCGUGUGAUGGAGAAGAAGGGGUUUGCGGGUGCCACUCGUUAUGUGGCGCUGCUUAUGGGUGUUUUGUUGGUUGCAGCUUGCAUCUUGACACGGGCAAGGUUGCCGCGCAAGAAGUGGAAUCGAGAGUUAAAGUGGUUUGACGUGACGCUUUUCAAGCAGAAGGAGUUUAUGCUCUUUACUGUUGGUACUUAUCUGACGAUGUGGGGAAUGUGGGCGCCUUUCAACUAUAUCUCGACCAUGGCAGUGAACCAGGGCUUCUCGCCGGCUCUAGCUCUAUAUCUGAUUUCAAUGAUCAAUGCAACAUCUGUCCCCGGCCGUGUUAUCCCGCCAUUCCUUGCAGACAUCUUUGGCCACUUCAACAUUUUCACACUAUGUGCCUGUGGUUCGGGCGUGACAAUAUUUGCCUUAUGGUUGCCGUUCAAUUAUCAUCAUUCGCAUGCCGGACUAAUCGUCUUUGCCUUGAUUUUCGGAUUCUUCAGCGGCGCACUGGUGUCUCUUUUCAUGCCAUGCGUUGCCAAACUCGGCAAACUCGAGACUUUGGGGCAGAGAUUUGGGACGUUCCAGAUAGCUAUUUCCGUGAGUUGUCUGACUGGUCUUCCCAUUGAGGGCGCGCUUCUCCACCGACAGCAUGACAAUGAUUACUCUGGUCUACAGAUAUUUUCUGGGCUUUCCCUCUUGCUUGGUACAUUAUUUCUAGGUCUCUCGACAAGCGGUCUUGCCAAGCAGCGUGGAACAUGGAAAGUUUAA